AAUAAAAAAGACCUUGUUAGGGUGCAGCUUAGGUUUGUUUUUUUGUAUGUUAACUGGAAAACAAACCUAACAAAAAUAGAUAAAUAAAGAAUGACAUUGAGUGCUUGCUAAAUAUCAACAAGAAAGCUAAGUUCUACCAUCUUUCCAAUCCAAUGGCUUCACUUGGUUUCUGUUGUCCAACAAACUCUUUCCUUUUCUCUCGGUCUUCUCUGGUUAACCAUCGAAGCAACUUGCAGACUCGUUUCAUUGUCAGCUCCAGCACUAGCAGCAGUGAGCUGGUGACUCAAUCAGCAGUCAGUGGGAGCACUGAAAGGCCAAGAACAAGCUUGGGACUGAAGAACUUGACUGAGAUUUUCUGGGUUGAUGUUCAUUGUGCUGAAGGGAGACCAUUGAAUGUUGGGCUUCAAGAACCGGUGACCGUUGGGUGUUCCAGGCUUGAAAAGGUUGAGAAUGUGGCUGUACGGGUUGAACUCAGCAAUGGGUGUGUCGGGUGGGGUGAGGUAUCAGUGUUUCCAUGGGUUAACUGGAACCAAGCCACUGCUCUUGAGGAAGUUAGAAAAGCCUGUGAAUUUCUUAGCCAGGGAUCUCCAGUGACUUUGAAUUUGGUUUUACAUCAGAUCUCAGAGAUGUUUCCUGGUAGCGAAUUUGCUUCUGUUAGGGCUGGGUUAGAAAUGGCAUUGGUUGACGCAGUUGCUAAUAGCAUUGAUGUGCCCCUCUGGAGAUUAUUUGGGGGAGUGUCCAAUUCCUUGUCCACUGCUGCUACAAUCCCAACUACUUCCUCGGCUAAAGCAUUCGAUCUGGCUGCUAAAUAUUACAAACUAGGAUUCAAGACAUUGGAGAUUAAACUGGGAAGGAAUGUAAAUGCAGAUAUUGAAGUUCUUCAAGCAGUAAGAGCUGCCCACCCUCAUUGCUUAUUUAUCUUAGAUGCAAAUGAGGGUUACACUUCAAAGGAAGCCAUUGAAGUUCUUCACAAACUAAAUGAAAAAGGGGUGAUUCCUACAGUUUUUGAACAACCAGUUCAUAGAGAUGACUGGAGAGGCCUUGGUGAUGUGAGUAACGUUGCAAGGCAUAAGUAUGGGGUAUCAGUUGCAGCAGAUGAAAGUUGCAGGGAUUUGACGGACAUCAAAAAACUUAUGGAGGAAAAUCUUGUGGAUGUUAUCAACAUUAAAUUAUCCAAAUUUGGGGUUCUUGGUAUCCUUGAAAUUGUAGAAAUGGUUAGAAAAUCUGGAUUGGAACUUAUGAUUGAUAGUGUUGCUGAAACUAGACUUGCCACUGGUGUUGCUGGUCAUUUAGCCGCUGGCCUUGGUUGCUUCAGAUAUGUUAAUAUUAGUGCACCCAGUUUAUUAUCAGGAGAUCCCGUUGUGGGAGGUUAUGAAGUUGCUGGUUCAAAGUUCAAGUUUGUUAAUAGCAGAGGGCAAGGAGGUUUUCUCAAAUGGGAUAUUUUCUCAUGAAAUCGACUUGACUGGAUUUGGCUAUCUCACAUAAAGGAUUCAGAUUUUUGGAUGAUUGUUGUCUUCUCGGAACAAACUCAUAUAUCCUUAUGUACUCCAUAAUUCUGUAUUUCUAUAACACUAUAUAAUCAUCCAAGUCUAUUCAUGUAUAAAUUUCAAAUAAAUAAAGUGUUGAAAUCUAAAUUGUUGUAAUUACAUAUUUAAUUAACUUUUUUCAGUUUCA